CAGAAAUUCAGUUUCCCAACUAUACAGGAAUUGAAAUACUCGGAAAAUGGCAUUCUAUGGCGGAGUCAAUACCAAGGGAUACUUUAUUCCCCUCAAAGAACUGACCAAGGGGAUAAAAGCGACUCAGUUGAAGACAGCAAAUGGGAAGUGUCCUUCUGAAAAAUCUGGCAAACUAUCUAAUCGAUUUAAGGAGGGAACUUCCCAAAGAUCACCGACCAUACCCGGAUGUACAUUCCAAUUGACCCCUAAAUCUGAUCGCGUUGGAAGCAAGAAAAUGCGGCCUAAGGAAGACUUUCACAAGGAUAAAAAAUCGUCUCCAUUAUCAUCAUCGGGGUCCUCAGCAUCGUGUGGGAACCCUCGUAAAAGCGUUCGGCGAUCGUUGGGUACCAAAAAUUCUUCAGGCUCAUCAACGCCUGGAAAAACCUUCCGCAAAUCCCAACCCAAUGCGGAGAAGACCCGCAAGUCUCCAGCCUCAUCAUCGUCUGGUAGUAACCGCAAGAAGAACAUCCACAAAUCUUCGUCUUCUUCAUCGCUAGGAGGGACAUUUAACAAGGACUCUCGCAUGAACAUGAAGGGAUCACCAGAGAUGAAGAAACCGAUGUCCUCUCCAUAUUCAAAAGCGGUCUUUCGUGGAAUUAGCCGCAUGAAUAGGAAGAAGCAAUCGUCGGAGAGCUGCAAGUCGACAUCGACGGAUGAAGGGUUUCAUGGAUCGAAACUCAUCAAAACUAAGCAAUCAACGAAUUUAAAUUUUUCUCCACUGUCAUCGUAUGAUGACAUGAAUAACAAUCUAAUGAUUUCGCUUUCACCGAUAUCUGAACGCGCUUCUUCUGAUGACGCAUCUCCUCGCAUGAUGAGACAACGGUCGUCAGACUUCCAUGUAUCAAUGUUUGAUUCGUCCCCGGAUUCAUGUAAAUCCGAAAAGAAGCCGACACUUCUGGAUUCGACAUCUGAUGAGCUCCGCACCAGGAAGACACUUUUGAAUUUGAUGCACAAAUCGCAUCUGCGCACUUCAACAUCGGUGGCAUCAAUGCUUGAGAUUGAAGAUGGCGAUACUGCCACAAACAAAAGUAGUCCCAUAUCGCAGAAGGAAACACCAAAGUCUCCGAAAGAAAAUCAUCUUAAGGAAAAUGUGAAGGCCUGGGCCAUGACCUACGACGACUGGCUGGCAUACAAGCGCAUGCAGCGCAAGGAGCAGAAGCACCGACAGAUGGAAGAACGCGCCGCCAAAGAUUCUUACGCUGCUCAGCGUAAGGAAAUAUCCCAGAUGGUCUACCAGAUGUGGCUGAAGAACAAACAACGUGAGGAGGAGGAACAACGCGUUCAGAAUCACACACAGCUAGCGGCUCUCAAUGCCAGCUCUUCGCUGAAGGGUAAUCCCAUAACAGUGACCGCCGCUGCCAAACCCCAUCGCAAUAUAUCCAAGGAGGAGAUAAAUCAGGAGCUUGAGAGCUGGCGUUUGAAGAAGAUCCAGAUGCAGAAGUCGAAGCGCCAGGAGGAAAAACUGGCGAAGAUUAAGCACGAACAGGAUCUAUUUCAUCGCCAGACACAGUCCGCAAUGGCAAUUAAGAAGUGGUUCAGCACUGUCCACAAGAAGCCCAAGCCGGUGCCAAUGAACCAGGGCAUCGACUCGUUGCGUGGCACUAUCUCAGACCUGUAUAUAAAUCCUCAACCUUGGAUGCAGUAAAACAAAUAUUUUUAGUUCGUUAAAAAAAUAAAAAAAUUCAA